GCAACUGAUUUCUCCGUUUAUUUUUUAAUCAACAGAAAUGCAUUGAAUCACUGAUAAAUUACUUAAGGAUCAGGUAGCCUGAGUGAAUUUGUAAAAAGUUGUAUAGCUUCCUUAAGUACAGCGAGUGAAGAUGGGCAACACGGACACAAAGCUCAACUUUCGUAAGGCCGUCGUCCAGCUAACGUCCAAGACGCAAGUGAUAGACGCGGCGGACGAUACGUUUUGGGAUCAAUUUUGGUCGGAAAACGGCUGUAAUGUUCAAGAUGUCUUUACCCUAAUGCCAGCAUCGGAAAUUCGCAUUCUCAGAGAAGAGGCACCUUCCAAUUUAGCUACCUUGUGCUAUAAAGCAGUAGAAAAGUUGGUCAAAGCUGUAGACAGCAGUUGCAGGACCAACAGCGAACAACAGACAGUUUUGAACUGUUGCAGAUUGUUAACGAGACUGUUGCCUUAUAUUUUUGAAGAUUCUGAUUGGAAGGGCUUCUUUUGGUCAAGCUUGCCGGGAAAAGAAGAUGAGGAGAGUGUGCCUCUAGCACAUUCUUUAUUGAAUGCCAUCUGUGACUUGUUAUUUUGUCCGGAUUUUACAGUUCACGGAAAUAGAAAGUCUGGUCCAGACAAGGCAGAAGAAUUACAGACUAUCGACAGUUGUGAAUACAUUUGGGAAGCUGGUGUAGGUUUUGCACAAUCACAGCCAAGAAAUCCGAUAUUGGAUGCCCACAGGACAGAACUGUUGAAAUUACUGUUGACAUGCUUCAGCGAAACAAUGUAUAAUCCUCCAACUGAUCUUUCAGUAGCUCCUAACAAAUGGAUUCAAUAUUUAACCAGCUCAGAAAACAGACAUGCUUUGCCAAUGUUUACUUCGCUAUUAAAUACAGUGUGCGCUUAUGAUCCAGUCGGUUAUGGGGUCCCUUACAAUCAUUUACUGUUUACUGAUUCUCUGGAGCCUUUGGUUGAUGUGUCUUUACAGAUUCUCAUUGUAACUUUAGAUCAUGACACAAGCUGUGGUACGGUCAUAGAUGAAACUACCGUAGGAGAUAAUCUUUUUAUCAAUUAUCUUAGUCGUAUACACAGAGAUGAAGAUUUUCAGUUUGUACUUAAGGGCAUUACAAGGUUAUUGAACAAUCCCUUGAUGCAAACAUACUUACCAAACUCGACAAAGAAAGUGCAUUUUCAUCAAGAAUUGCUAGUAUUUUUUUGGAAAAUGUGCGAUUACAAUAAAAAAUUUUUAUACUAUGUAUUAAAAAGUUCAGAUGUACUUGAGGUCCUAGUACCUAUAUUGUAUCAUUUAAACGACUCCAGAGCAGAUCAAUCAAGAGUAGGUUUAAUGCAUAUCGGGGUAUUUAUUCUCCUUUUGCUCAGCGGAGAACGAAAUUUUGGCGUGAGAUUAAAUAAGCCUUAUACUGCAACAGUACCAAUGGACAUUCCAGUUUUUACAGGAACACACGCUGACCUUUUGGUUACAGUAUUUCACAAAAUUAUCACUACAGGCCAUCAAAGGCUGCAACCACUCUUUGACUGUUUGCUCACCAUACUAGUCAACGUAUCACCUUAUUUGAAAACGUUGUCUAUGGUCGCCAGUACAAAGCUUCUCCACUUGUUAGAAGCUUUCAGUACCCCAUGGUUCUUAUUUUCUGCUUCAACGAAUCAUCAUUUGGUGUUUUUCUUACUUGAAAUAUUCAACAAUAUCAUUCAAUAUCAAUUUGAUGGCAAUAGCAAUUUAGUUUACACAAUAAUCCGAAAAAGACAAGUUUUCCAUGCUUUGGCCAAUUUACCAAGUGAUUGCAACACAAUAGCAAAAUCGCUGAGCAAAAGGCAAAGGAAGCACAUACCUUCUAGUAGAUCCACAGAAAAUGUAAAUGAAACGGCGAUGGAGGGCUCGCAUCCUGCACAACCCGCAGAGCCUGGUACUCUCAAGACAUCACUACUGGAAACUCCGGGUAUAGAAAACAUGACCGAAAAAGAAUCUGCCCAUCCUCUCAGUCCUCCCGAUGUAGAAGUCAACAAAAUUGAGGAUUCUAAAGAGCAGAGCGAAAACAAAGAAUCAAUCAUACAAAAAGGGGGAAUUCGCGUUUCUGAUCAAGAAAAUUCAAUAAAUAGCGUUAACCAGUGGGUACCCACAGCAGAGUGGGUUUACCAAUGGAAAAGUAAACUACCUUUACAAACUAUAAUGCGACUAUUGCAAGUUCUGGUGCCUCAAGUAGAAAAAAUCUGCAUUGACAAGGGAUUGACCGAUGAAAGUGAAAUACUAAAGUUUUUACAACAUGGCACGCUUGUGGGUCUAUUGCCCGUGCCGCAUCCGAUUCUCAUUCGCAGAUACCAAGCAAACGCUGGUACGACUGCUUGGUUCAGAACUUACAUGUGGGGUGUUAUUUAUUUACGAAACAUAGAACCCCCCAUCUGGUACGAUACAGACGUAAAACUGUUUGAAAUACAAAGAGUUUAAUUUAGUAGCGUUUUUACACGAAUAUUGCAGCAAAAAACCUUGCUCGCUCACCCAAUUUUACACGACAAACGGUAAUCGGUUCUUUCAGAAGUACAGUUGAUAGUACAGUUGAUCACAGACAUGGCUGUGAACCAAUUAUCACAUAUUAAAUCACAAAUUUAAAGAGAAGUGCAACAAAAGUUGAAGCGAAAAAUCUAUUUCCUUGUCCAUUGGUAUGGUACUGUCUCGACGAUGAUGUCUAGUUCAGCAGCCUAUGUAUAUGUUCCAAAAGUCAAGCUCGUCCCUUAUUGGUAACUUAAUCAUUACGUAACAUACAUUAUGACUCAUUUGAGCUUAACUUUUCGGAACUCAGUUUAGAAUGUCUAGAUGCUAACAGAGAACGCAAAAUUAAAAAACUAUAUUUGUCAUGCUAUUGGUUGCUUAUUCGUGAAGGCGAGUGCGAAAGCUUGUUUGAGGCGUAGAUAUUAUACACUAAAUGUUUUUCAAGACUUGGCGCACUUACUUAUCUCUGUUGCCACUCGUUCCGACAGAAUUGGGAUGGUCGGCCCAUCGACUGUUUUUCCCAGUUCAGAUAUCCAGUUUGCGCGGGAGCACAAAACAUAAUAUAUGUCUCUCUGUAGUUGUGACAUCUAAAACUCCUUUUUCAUCAGCGGAUUAAUUUUUUAGAAACUGUAUAAUUUUUUUUAUCAAUUACUAAAGACAUUUGAAAAUCAUACGAAAUUCGGGCUUUCCUUUGGGCAUCACAAUAAGAUACUUCUUCACAGAUGGUGCAGAGAAGGAAUUUCAUGCUGCCAAGAUUGAUAUUUUUUCCUGCAGCUCGAUCAAGUUAUUGAUGAUAUAGUCUCUAAAUCUUUUAUCCAGACAAAUCGUACCUAAGACUGAGAUUUUUUAAGGGUUCUGUUUGCUUCGACUUUUGGAGCCUUUGCCUUGGAAAAAGUUUAUUUUUGUUUUUCACUUAUUUCUGAAAAUAACUUCUCUUUUCUUGGCAACCCCCCCUUUUUUAUUAACAAUUUGCUCCGUAAAACCUAGCACUUUGGGGGUAUCUGCCAAUUUUAUGUCACCCAGGCUUCAACUGCACGCUGUGUCUAAGUCAUAGAGUACGCUCGGAAUAUUGAGCCAGUGGUAUUUCGAUGUCUGAGUAUGAUUCUGGUGUUUUUUGACCUACCUGUAGGUGUAAGAAGUCGAGACGUACAUCGUUUUGCUAUGUAACUUUAGAGUGUCAUCUGAUUCCGAUGACUUCCUUUCUUCUCUCUGCUCUGCAAAAACUUUGCGAAAAUAAGAUCUGAAACUUCCGAUGCCGAGUCAUCGAUGACGUACAUCUGUCGAUUCAAUAUUAUGUGCACUGUAAUUGAUACUUAUAAUAUUCUUACUGGUAUUGACUUAUUUUUAACUGACUUUUAUUUGAAUGUUUUUAUAUCUAAAAAAAGAGCAAUUGAUUCGUAAUCCGAUCAUCAGAUGUUUGAAUCUCAAUUUUAAUCAGCUAUUGCUUAAAAAAAGACUCUGAUCGUGUAAGUAUAUAGUACUGAAAACGCCUCCGUGAAAAAAUGAAAAAUAGCAGAUAAUGCAUAUUAUUAUGUUUACAGAUGAAAAAAAAUAUAUAAUGAAUUUGUUGUAUACGUAAAACCAUUCGUAAAUAAGAUUUUUUUAAAAGGAAAUUUUAUCAAAACGUAUUAUAGGAUAUCACUCGUUCCUAUGCUGAUGCACUCAAUGUUUAAAAGAAAGAUAUAAUUAAAAAUCUUCAAGUGAACUGCAUUUUUUUUUCUCUUAAAGACUGAAUGUUGAUGAUGCGUAUAUGAUUUUAUAAAGAUAUAUAUUUAGUAUUUGGAAAAAAAACUUUAUUUUGAAACCAUUGUCACAGCUUGUAAUAACUACCAAUGUGAGUACUUUGGCAGAAAUAAACAUUUUUGUACAAAAUUCACUGACAGUUUAAUAUAAUAUGCGUGUAUUCUAACUGAACUACUGGAAAAGUUAUAUCAGAGAAAUAAUAGAAGCAUUUUUAUUACUUUAAUUUUACUUUGUACAUACACUUUUAAUAAGUAUUCUGACUUAACGAGAACGAAAUUAUGUACAAGAAUUUUAAUACUUUUUCUUACUAUUCUGUGAUUUUUAAGUUUAAAAAUAUAUGUAUCCAAAAUUGAAUUAAAAAUAAUACUUUUACGUUUGCUACUCAAGUACAUGAGAAUACACAAUUUAUCAAAAUAUUCAAUAUAUAUUUGGCAGUACUGCAAAUUAUAUAUAAAUUCAUAUGUAACCUCGCUACACAAUAGUGAAUAAUAUGUUUUAAAAUUUUUUUUUAAUAACUAAAUGUUUAUUUUUUCGACAAACCUAUUAGGCUUUCAACAUUUUAACGUUAUUCAUGUUAUAACUAAUUGUCUUAAUGAACUUUCCAAUGAAUAUAUAUAAGUAUAUUAUACUUCAGAUGUGUAAUAUAAUAUGUUUGACCUAAAUUUUGUUAAUAAAUAAUUUUGUAUAAGCACAUACCUGUCGCUUAAUGUAUUGAUAAUGUUGUAGUUGCGCGCGUUUAAAAUAUCAUUACUUGUUUAUUUUUUUUUUUUUCUUACAUUCUUGUACUCGAGAAUUUUUAUGCCAUAAGCUGAAUUAAACACUGUUAUAAUUUUUCUUCCGAGAUUAAGAUGCACAUAUCAUCUAGUACUAUUAAGAUGAAACUAUUCGUCAAAUCGUACUUUGUGUUUUGACAUGUACACAAUACAAGACAUAUAUAAGACAUAAGAAAAUAUAAAAAUUACGUUUCAAGUUA